AUGCUAGAUACGUUCAGGCCCGUGCCCUUCGUGUCGGAGAUGGCUGUCAGUAAAACGGUGGCUUGGCUGAACGAGCAGCUGGAGCUGGGCAACGGCCGGCUGCUGCUCAUGGACUGUCGCUCGCAGGAGUUGUACGAGUCGUCCCACAUCGAGUCGGCCAUCAGCGUGGCCCUGCCCGGCAUCAUGCUGAGGCGGCUGCAGAAGGGCAACCUGCCCCUGCGCGCCCUCUUCUCCACCAGCGACCAGGACCGGGAGAAGUUUGCCCGGCGCUGCGGGACAGACACCGUGGUGCUGUACGACGAGAACAGCAGCGACUGGAACGAGAACACGGGCGGGGAGUCGGUGCUGGGCUUGCUGCUCAAGCGGCUGAAGGAUGAAGGCUGCAAGGCGUUUUAUCUGGAAGGUGGCUUCAGCAAGUUCCAGACCGAAUUCGCCCUGCACUGUGAAACUAACCUAGACAGUUCAUGUAGCAGCAGCUCUCCUUCUCUGCCAGUCCUGGGGUUAGGAGGUCUGCGAAUCAGCUCCGAUUCCUCUUCCGACAUUGAAUCUGACACGGACCGAGACCCCAAUAGUGCCACUGACUCAGAUGGCAGCCCUCUGUCCAACAACCAGCCUUCCUUCCCGGUCGAGAUUUUACCCUACCUCUACUUGGGCUGUGCUAAGGACUCCACCAAUCUGGACGUUUUAGAAGAGUUUGGCAUUAAAUACAUCUUGAAUGUGACCCCCAAUCUGCCUAAUCUCUUUGAGAACGCCGGAGAGUUUAAAUACAAGCAGAUCCCCAUCUCCGACCACUGGAGUCAAAACUUGUCUCAGUUCUUUCCCGAGGCCAUUUCUUUCAUAGAUGAAGCUCGGGGGAAGAACUGUGGAGUCCUGGUGCACUGCUUAGCAGGGAUCAGCCGCUCGGUCACCGUGACCGUCGCAUACCUCAUGCAAAAGCUCAACUUGUCCAUGAAUGAUGCCUACGACAUUGUCAAGAUGAAGAAAUCCAACAUCUCGCCCAACUUCAACUUCAUGGGCCAGCUGCUGGACUUCGAGCGGACCCUGGGGCUCAGCAGCCCCUGCGACAAUCGCGUGCCCAGCCAGCAGCUCUACUUCACCACUCCCUCCAACCAGAAUGUCUUCCAAGUGGAUUCCCGGCAGUCCACGUGA